AUGGACAGCUCUCCCGCCUCGCCUUUGGCCCCCAGGGAUCCCAGCUCCCCUGAAUCUUCGAUCGGCGAACAAAUCGCCACUCUACAGGCCCAGCUUGCCGCUCUGCAGGCCUCGCAACCCGCCGCCGCCGCAGCCGCCGCACCCCCGGCCGUCACCGUCGUGCCGGGGAACGCCGCCACCGCAUCCAAGGUCGUGUUUCCCAAGCACGCUCGUCUGGACGGCCCCAAGUCGUUCACCAACUGGUUGCGUCAACUCCGUCUUGCACUCCCGAACCAGGUUCGUGGUUACGUUCUCGACGGUGUCGUUCCCCCGACCUGGACCGCCGACCAGCUUGCCGCACGUGACGACGCCGCCCGGGAAAUCAUCGUUGGCUCUAUCGACUCCGCCGACGUAUCGGCCACCCUCGACGCCAUCCCCAGCGACGACCUGUCGGCACCGCGCAUCUUUGCCGCUCUCAAGGCUCGUUUUGCACCGGACGACGCUACACGCACUCUCGAGUUGUUCGCUCGCCUUUGGGACUUCAGGAAGAUGCCUGCCUCCGUCGAGGCCUACGACACUUGGCUACGCGAGUACAUGUCGAUUGCUCAGGAAAUACGCGACGCCAAAACAUCGCUCAACGACGUGCUCGCCACCCACGUGCUCGCCAUGGUCCCGUCUUGCCUCGACAGCUUCCGACUCACGUUCACGGACGAGCAGCGAAACCGACGCGACCUUCCCGAACUCACGACGCUUACGGACCGCAUUCGCAUCCAGCUUCGUUCGGCAGGACUCUCGACCUCGCAUUCGGCCAUGCUUGCCACCAGCUCCCCCUGCCCCGCCUGCCGCGCUCCCGGUCACCGCCUGCGCGACUGCACUUCACGUGCGAAGCACCCGCCCACCGGCCCCUGCCGCCGAUGCCACAAGAAAGGUCACUGGGCACUCGACUGCAAGAACCGGGGUGAACAGGCACGUAGCAGCGACGACACCCAGGACGACACGUCUUCCUCCGCGGCCUCGCAACCGAACGUCGGCUAUUUCGCCUCCUGCCUCUUCGCUCGUCGCCAACUCCCAACUGACGCCUUUGUAGUCGAUUCGGGUGCCACGACACACAUGGUCGCCGACCGAUCUCUAUUCACGACUUAUCGUCAGACGGCACACACCAAGAUCGGCGGCAUCGCGGGCGGCAUCACGGCUAUCGGCAUGGGGGACGUGGCAUUCGUCGCCAAGACUGGACACCCGAUCACGCUCCGUGGUGUUCUUCACACGCCUGGCCUACACGUCAACCUCCUCUCUGUCUCUCGCCUCUGCGACACCGACCGCGUUCGUCUCGCCUUCACCAGCGACGGCAUCGACAUCGCCAAGGACGGCCGGGCCAUUGCUCACGGUACCAGGGUCAACGACGGUCUUUACCUUUUGGACGCGGAUCACACCAAGUGUCAGCAUCUUGCCUUCCUCUCACGCUCUGAGUCUCCCGUGCCCCUGCUUACCCUACACCGCUGCCUCGGCCAUCUUGCCCCAUCCUCUAUACAGAAGAUGAUUGCUGCAGGUUUGCUGGACGGGUUUGGGGCCGGGUACAGUGACAAAGACGUAGAGGAGUUUGUUUGCAAUGCUUGCCUUGGUUCCAAAGGUCACCGCCUUCCCUUUCCCGACUCUGAGUCGCAUUCCGCCGAGAGACUUGGCCUCGUGCACAGCGACGUCCUGUCGUUCCCCACUCCGUCCUUGACCGGGAAGCGCUACCUUGUCACGUUUCUAGACGACCACUCUCGCAAACUCUGGGCAUAUGCGAUCGAUCACAAAAGCGAUGUUUUCCCGACCUUCCAGACUUGGCUCGCCGAAGUGGAGUUAGAGACGAACGCGCGGUUGAGGAUCCUUCGAACCGACAAUGGCGGGGAGUACCGAUCAAACGCAUUCACGGAGUUCUGCAAAUCCAAGGGCAUUCGUCGUCAAUACUCUAUCCCUUACACGCCUCAACAAAACGGUCGCGCCGAACGUGUCAACCUCUCCAUCGUCGAGGGCGUCCUCGCUCUCCUUGCGGACGCCCGUCUGCCGGCCACCUUUUGGGAUGAAGCGGCUGCGUAUUUCGUUUAUUGCAAAAACAGGUGCUCACACUCAGCUUUGGCCAAACAGACUCCAGAAUCCGUUUGGAACGGCCAACGCACCACCGCCACCGCCCUCCACCCGUUCGGCUGCACAGCCUGGCUCACGGUCGCCCCGGACCUUCGCAGCAAGCUCGACCCCAAGGCCGCGCGCGUGAUCUUCACAGGUUACGACCUCGCCUCCAAAGCUUUCCGUUUCUUUGACCAUUCCAUCAACAAGAUUGUACUUGGUCGCAAUGCCACCUUCCUCGACGACGACUUCCCCGGCCUGCCAGUCACCACGCCCGUCGAUGCAGACGACACCGACCGUCAGUUCGUCGUUCCCGCCGACACGCCCGCCCCUGCCGUCAAGACGAGGACCCCACUAGUAAGGUCGGCGCACAUGGACGUCUCAUCCUCCCUUGAUGAUUCUGCCAUGAGCGCCGUUGACGUGGCCCCAGGGUACACUGGCGGAACCUUACUUAAUUCCACAGAUACCGAAUCGUCCUCGUCACCGUCUCCUGAGCCGUCCUCGUCACCGUCGCCCACAAACCCUUUGUCACCGUCGCCUGCGCUGUCACCGUCGUUGGCAGCGUCAUCGUCACCCUCGGUCUCACCGACCGACUCUGACUACUCCGCCGACCCUCUGGACCUCAUCGGCUCACAGACCCCGACUCGCCUUGGCCCACCGGACGUGCACCGCCCAGACUUCAGCACGUACCGUGAGCCCGCAUCGGCUGAGGAGUCGCCCGACGAACUCGACAUCAUUGGGCGUCACUCGCGCGAUGAAUCGCCGGAUGAAAUCGAUUUCCUCACCCAACACCACCGCGCCUUCAUCGCCACAGACGACGACGACCCCACCCUCGACGCCAUCGAGCCCGUCAAAUCGAUCACUAGCGACCCCCAGACCUGGCGCGAAGCAAUGUCCAGCGACGAGCACAACAUCUGGGCUGAGGCCGCCGCCGCCGAGUUCACCGCCAUGCGCGACGACUUCAAGGUGUUCACCAUCGAGCCUCGCUCAUCUGUACCGCCGGGCGCCACCAUCGUCACCUCCAAAUUCGUCUGGAAGACCAAGCGCAACGCAAGCGGUGAAGUCACGGGGCGGAAGGCACGUCUUGUAGCGCAGGGUAACCGACAGCGCGACGGCAUCGACUUCUCAGAAACCUUCGCACCCGUCGCCCGUUUCUCCUCCAUUCGCUGCCUCCUGGCUCUUGCCGCUGCCAAUGGCUACCACGUUCAUCAGGCCGACAUCGACAAGGCUUACCUCCACGGCGAGCUCGAUCAUGAUAUCUGGAUGACGACACCACGCGGUUUCGACUUCCCGAGCGAUAAGGUUCUCCGGCUGCGACGCUCAAUCUACGGUCUCAAGCAGGCCGGUCGCAUCUGGAAUCGUCACAUUGACACAUCACUCAGGAAUCUGGGGUACAAGGCAACAGGCACUGAUCACUGCAUUUACUCUCGCAUUGACGAUCAGCAGCGGCCUCACUAUAUCGCCUUGUAUGUCGACGACCUCCUCAUUGUCAGUCCAGCCCUCGACGAGAUCGAACGUGUCAUCUCCGGCCUUGAACAGCGGUACGGCGUAUGAAGGAACAAUAUACCACUGCACCAAAAGGCGAGGCACCUCUACUUCAGUGAGCGCAUAUUGUCCUAGAAGUGAGAUGGAGCGAAGUUCAACACCCCCCUGUGCGCGAAGCUGAAGAGCUUGUGGCAGUGGGUGCGGCUUGUGAGGCAACUGGGCAUGUUGAUCAGGUCGCUUGGGCAAGUGCAGCUUGGGCACUGUGAGCACUGUCGAUGCGCCAGGGUGCUUGGCACGCCGCUGGGCAAGUGCGGGGGCCGGGACGCUGAGUGUAUGCGCGCAAAAUUGCCUGACCCCAGGGGGGAUUGAACUCAUGACCUGCUGGUUGCUCUGGGCUCAUAACCUAUGAAGGAACAAUAUACCACUGCACCAAAAGGCGAGGCACCUCUACUUCAGUGAGCGCAUAUUGUCCUAGAAGUGAGAUGGAGCGAAGUUCAACACGGCGUCAAACGACUCGGCCCCGCGGAGUACAUCCUCGGAAUCCAAAUACGCCGCCUGGACGACGGUUCCAUUGCUCUAUCCCAGGAGCGCUACAUCAUGGACGUGCUGGCCCGUUUCCACUUCGACACCACGACACGCGGCACUACGGUGCCGAUGACGCCCGGCCUCUCGCUCACGGCAAUUCCGGGUCAGGGAACGGAGCGCAUUCGUUCGUGGUACCUACAGGCCAUCGGCUCCCUCCUCUACAUCUCCCUUGGCACUCGACCCGACAUUGCCUUCGCCGUCUCGUACCUGUCCCGGUUCGCCAACAACCCCGGCCGCCGCCAUUGGAUUGCCGUCAAACACGUCCUUCGCUACCUUCGCGCCACGUACCGCGAUGAGCUUCUCUAUGCCCGCGGCCCAGCAAAAGUCACGGGUGUGGUUGGUUAUUCUGAUGCGAACUGGGGCGCCUGCGUCGACACAUCCAUUUCAACGAUGGGCUACGUAUUUUACUUGGCAGGCGCCGCUGUCUCUUGGUCGUCGAAGCGUCAGACUCGGGUAGCGGAUUCCACCACUGAUGCCGAGUACCUGGCCUUGUCGCACGCGGGUAAGGAAGCGAUCUACCUUAACCAACUCCUCUCCGAGCUCCACGUUUGCCCAAUCGCUGCAGCUCACAUCUUCACCGACAACGAGGCCGCGGCCGCCGUCGCUCACGACCCCGUUCGCACCUCCGGCACCCGGCACAUUCGCCUCCGCGAGCAUUUUGUCCGUGACAUGGUCAAUCGAGGUGAUAUCUCUCUCUCACACGUUGGCACAGCAGACAUGGUUGCGGACGUAUUCACCAAAGCGCUAGGCCCCAAGAUUUUUGGUACACAUUGCUAUGCUCUAGGCCUCCGGACGCGACAUCCACGGCUCAAGUCUACCUCGCGUUCGCGUGGGGGGGGGUGUGAGGAAUCCACUCUCCGCUCGGCUCAGGACUUAGGCGCGCGGAGCGAACCGGGCGCGGACUUAGGCGCGCGGAGUGAGCCGGGCGCCCCGGCCCAGGACUUAGGCGCGCGAAGCGAGCCUGGGACUUAGGCGCGCGGAGCGAGCCUGGGCCAUUGGCUCAGCCCCAGGCUCGCUGGCUGUGGACUUGGGGCGCGCGGGUCUCUUAUUGUUAGCUUCCUAUUCAUCACUCUUGGCUAUAACUACAUCGCUGACGUAGUAGAGUUGAUCGAAUAGGUAUGUUGAAAUGCAUUUAUCACUCUUGGCUAUAACUACAUCGCUGACGUAGUAGAGUUGAUCGAAUAGGACCUCAGUGACCCAAGUGACGAACCGACCGACGCCAAGCGAGUCAUCAUCAAAGGGAAGAGCCGCGUCGUGGUGAAGGAUGGAAUAGAGGGGCGGAGGGUGACGAGGUCGAUGUCGGCGGCAGCGGCGAUGCAGGUCGAGGUGACGAAGGUGGACAGAGGGAAAGGAAGAGGGUAG